AUGCAAGCCAUCCGCUUCCAGCUCCCUCGCGCGGCGCGCGCAUUCUCCACCACGCCAGCGCGACCUCUCGCGAAGAUGCAGCUCAUCGGCCGUCUAGCUGACCAGCCCGAGCUCACGCCAACAUCGACCGGUCGCGAGCUUGUCAAGUACUCGCUCGGAGUGAGCACAGGGCCAAAAGAUGAAAAUGGGAACAGAGCGACAAGCUGGUUCAGAGUGGCAAGCUUUUCCGACGGGCCACAGAGAGAUUUCUUGCUCGGCUUGCCGAAGGGAUCUCAAAUCUAUCUCGAGGCCGACGCUGCCAUGAACACCUACGAGACUGCGGAAGGCAAGCGCACGACGCUGAACUUGGUGCAGCGUAAGGAUAACUAG